AUGGCGGGAGAAGUGCGACAGCCCAUCGACCAGGCGUCGUUUGAGCGGUUCAUCGACGCCCACGUCCCGUCCAUCAAGACUCCAUUGACCAUCAAGCAGUUCGGAUUCGGGCAGAGCAACCCGACGUACCAGCUCAUCGCGGCAGACGGGGCCAAGUACGUGCUUCGCAAGAAACCGCCGGGCAAGCUGCUGUCCAAGACGGCGCACCGGGUCGAGCGCGAGUACCAGAUCAUCCAUGCGCUGGAGAAGACAGACGUGCCAGUGCCACGGACGAUAUGCCUGUGCGAGGACGAGAGCGUGAUCGGGACGGCCUUCUACAUCAUGGAGUUUCUGGACGGGCGAAUCUUCGUCGACCCAUCCAUGCCGGGCGUCACCCCAGCCGAGCGACGAGAGCUGUGGAAAGCAGCGGUGCAGACACUGGCUAGAUUCCACGCCGUCAACCCCCAGAGCAUCGGGCUAGACAAGUUCGGGCGGUCCGGCAACUUCUACGACCGCCAGCUGGCUACCUUCAAGACCAUCCAGGCCGCCCAGGCUCGCACCCGGGACGUCGAGACAGGCCAGCCCGUCAACGAGCUGCCUCACUUCCACGAGCUGGUGGGCUUCUUCUCGAGCAAGAGCAGCCAGCCCCUGGACCGGUCCAGCCUGGUGCACGGCGACUACAAGAUCGACAACAUGGUCUUCCACCGCACGGAGAGCAGGGUGAUCGGGGUGCUGGACUGGGAGAUGGCGACGGUCGGCCAUCCGCUGUCUGACCUGUGUAAUCUUACGGGCCCCUAUGCCAACAUCGAGGGCGGCCCGGCCGAGACGAGGUUCCGCAGCGACGAGGUCGAGGGCCUGCCGACGAGAGAUGAGUGUGUGAGGUGGUAUGGGGAGGUGAGCGGGUGGGAAGUCACGGAGCGGGAGCUGGGAUGGGGAGAUGCGUUCCAUGCCUUCCGGGGCUCGAUUAUCAUGCAAGGGAUCGCGGCGAGGUAUGCGUUGAGGCAGGCGAGCAGUGCGCGGGCGAGGGAGUAUGCGAGUCUAAGGGACCCCUUUGCCCGGAAGGCGUGGGAGAAGGUCCUGCAGCUGGCCGACAGUAAUACUAGCAACAGCAGCAGCAAGCUGUAA